AACAGUGGAGUUGAGGCUAAAUCUAACUAACCCGAGGCAGGCAGGCAGGCAGACAGAGCAGGCGGAGGGGAAAGGGGAGGGGGAGGGUGCUGAGUCACGGGGUGGUGAGGUGGCAGGUGGCGGGCGGGUCCGAAGAGCGAGCGCCGGGGCGAAGUGGAGGCUGUGGAGCGGCAGCUUGGAGCAGGGCGAGCGCACGAGGAGGGGGCUGAUUUGCGCAGCCAUGCGCUGGAUCGAGCGCGCGUCAUGAGCAGUAGCAGGAGGAGGAGCAGGAGCAGGAGGAGUGGGGCGAGGAGGAGGUCGUCGUUGAGAUGCCGAGCGUCCUCUUGCCGGAGCCAAAAGUCUUUCCGGGUAUAAAAUGCCAGCCACAACUAUGCGCUGGUUUUACUGCACGACAUCUGGAAGCUUACCGUAUUUCGAGAGUGCGCUCGAUAACGUCGAGAACGAGCUAGAUUCCGGGAAUUGGGACGAGGCGCAGUCGGCAGAAUUAAAGUUGGACUCGGGCGCUCAUGAUGUCGUAGAGCGCCCACAAGCGUGCGCGAUGGCUCCUCCCGUGAUUUUGGAAGAAAACGAAAGCUUGCUGCCCGUGGAUCCUUCGCAGCGCUUUGAAUACCGAUGUCCUCCGGGCGGCGAGCGGCGCGUCGUGCUGUAUCUCACGAGCCUGCGAGGAAUCCGAAAGACGUACGAAGAUUGUCGGCAAUUGAAGCUGCUGCUGAGAUGUUUCGGCGUGGCUAUCGACGAGCGGGAUGUGUCGCUGCACUCGGGCUUUCGGCAAGAGCUCGUUGAUUUGCUCGGCGAGGAAUUAAGCGUGCCGCGGUUGUUUAUCAAGGGUCACUACGUCGGGGGCGCCGAGGAGGUGGCGCGAUUGCACGACGAGGGCCGGCUGGCCAGCCUCCUGCCCGAGUUCCGCCUCGCGAGGCAGAUGUCGUGGAAUCCCGAGCACUGUCAGGGUUGCGGAGGGCUGCGCUUCUUGCCGUGCAUUGAGUGCAACGGGAGCCGCAAAGUGAGGGACGACGAGGAUCAGAUUGCCCAGUGCCUGGAUUGCAACGAGAAUGGGUUGAUGAAAUGUCCUGUGUGCUUCUCGUAGCACCCGGCCGGGCUCUGUCCGGCGUCUCGAGGCUUGCUUUGCUUCUCCAUCGGUGUGCGUUCGGAUUCGAGAUUGUGACAGAUUGCAUCUGGGAGCCUACGUCCUCCUGCCACUAACUAACCUGAGCUUGAAUCUCAGACUGAUCACAGAUGUCACCCUAUACGUCAAGCACUUCACGAUGCUCGCGGAAUGAACUGUAAUGCCAAUGUGUGGCUCUGGCCUUCUUUCCAGGAAUGCAUUAAGAACUGAUACAUGAUAGAAUCUCAUAGCUUGCAGACUGCGUACUCGAUUAUUGCGAAUGUCCAGUGUGUCGUCUUCCUGCAUCUCGCCGCCCCCGUGAUCGAGCCUCUGGAAACCCUCGCUCGCUUGCUUCCAAAUUUUGCCUCGAUCUCGUCUCAUGUGGCUGAAUGUCAACUGCGAGGGUUUUCUCGGCACUUGUUUAUUUGGCAUCCGGGUUAUGCGUUCGUUGAUUGCCUCGUUGCGUUGUUGCCACACUUGCCUUUUUUUUUCUCUUCCUUCUCUGCAGAGAACGAUUUUAGAGACAGGCCGUGGACUAGAAAUCUAGGUCUGGUAUCAAGGACAGGGUUUCGGCUGCAGUCGUGGCCGACAAGACAUCAGUCCCGUAGCCCAAAUCUGCAGGCAAUCAAUGCAUGGGAGCAGAGUGAUGUAUUGCAGAUUUGGCACAAUUCAUUAAGCAUGUUGGUUCAGGCAUUAAUGAACACUCCAUGUUUUUUUUUUUUAAACCUGUUGAUUAAAUGAUGGAAUGAGAAGGAAGAGCCGUCGUCGUUCUGUAGUGGGCAUGACGAGAACCCCUCUCUUGCUGUGAGCAGGAGACGAGGUGUCAAGCAGUCCAUAAUGUUGCACAGGAGCUGACGAUGUCCAGUCGCGAAAUAAUGACUAGUCAACACACCGAACCAUGAGUGCACAUAGGAGCCACCACGUGUGAAGAAAAUAUUGUAAAUUGGUACAGGGGUGACGUGACAUCCCACGAACAAGGCCCUCAUCUGCGCCUCGUCUUCUCCCUUAUACAUGUCUUACCCGUACUGAGGAAAAUGGGCCUUUCUCUCACAGACCAUCGUCCGUGUGGACCGAGGCGGCCGAUUGGGAUCAUAAACUGGUUCUUCCUAAAAGGUGAUCUUGUCAUGUAGUGUACUGAAUACAAGAUGUACACAUAUCGUUCUCGUCUCGUGGUGAGAAAUUUGCACUAUGAAAUUCCAGGUAGGGCCACAAUACAAAAUUUGGCAAUUGUAAAUUCUCUAUCAGUCCAAUAAUGCAUUAAAAAAAGUAAGUUGGUUUUAUAAAACACGUGGAUGUAUAUUUAUCUCACUAUGAAGUGAUAGAAUUCAGUUACCGAUAAUAGUAGUCUAGAACAACCUACCCCGAG